CAAGCUGACACUUUGUUGAGUGGGGGAAAAAGGAGGAGCUGUGGUGUCCGUUUAUUCACCCCGUCCCACCCCUUGACACCUUCUGUCUUAGUUAUCUCUCUUUGUUAAUACUGUUAGUUAGUAGGUUAGUUCAAAAUCAUGUAUAGGUAUCUGGGGGAGCUCGUCACCCGCGCGCUGGCCUCGGGGUGCGUUGACUCCGCUUUGCCUGCUUCCGCGACUCUCAUGCGGAUCCGCCGUUACAGCGAAGCCGUGGGAGAGAAAGACGAUGACCCGAACUUCUUUAGGAUGGUCGAGGGUUUCUUCGACCGCGGAGCUUCUAUCGUGGAGGACAAACUCGUGCACGAUCUCAAGACGAGAGAAACGCCCGAGCAGAAGAGACACCGAGUCCGGGGGAUCCUCAAGAUCAUCAAGCCCUGCAACCACGUCCUGUCCGUGUCAUUCCCCAUCAAGAGAGACAACGGGGAGUGGGAGAUGAUCGAGGGCUAUAGAGCUCAACACAGUCAGCACAGGACCCCGUGUAAAGGAGGUAUCCGUUACAGCACAGAGGUGUCAGUGGAUGAGGUGAAAGCCCUUGCCUCACUAAUGACAUACAAAUGUGCAGUUGUAGAUGUGCCUUUUGGAGGAGCUAAAGCGGGGGUGAAAAUUAACCCAAAGAAUUACUCCGACACAGAACUGGAGAAGAUUACAAGAAGGUUUACUAUUGAGUUGGCUAAAAAGGGCUUCAUUGGGCCUGGCAUUGACGUCCCCGCACCGGACAUGAGCACUGGAGAAAGGGAAAUGUCCUGGAUCGCUGACACAUAUGCUAACACAAUGGGCCAUCAUGAUAUCAAUGCUCAUGCCUGUGUUACCGGUAAGCCCAUCAGUCAGGGUGGAAUCCAUGGGCGUAUAUCUGCCACUGGCCGUGGUGUCUUCCAUGGCAUUGAAAACUUUGUCAAUGAGGCUGCUUACAUGAGCCAGCUGGGCCUGAGCCCGGGGUUUGGAGACAAGACAUUUGUCAUUCAGGGUUUUGGUAAUGUGGGCCUGCACUCCAUGCGUUACCUGCACCGUUACGGAGCAAAGUGUGUGGGUGUCGGAGAGCUGGAUGGAAGCAUCUGGAACCCUAACGGCAUCGAUCCCAAAGAACUGGAAGACUAUAAGCUAGCCAAUGGCACUAUUGUUGGCUUUCCUAAGGCCACCCCCUAUGAAGGCAGCAUCUUGGAAGCUGAGUGUGAUAUUCUGAUCCCUGCUGCAAGUGAGAAACAGCUUACAAAGAAAAACGCCAACAAUAUCAAGGCCAAGAUCAUUGCUGAAGGAGCUAAUGGUCCCACUACCCCUGAAGCUGACAAGAUAUUCCUAGAGAGGAAUAUCAUGGUGAUCCCUGACAUGUACCUGAAUGCUGGAGGUGUGACAGUCUCCUACUUUGAGUGGCUGAAGAACCUAAACCACGUCAGUUAUGGCAGACUGACCUUCAAAUACGAAAGGGACUCAAACUACCAUCUCCUUAGUAAGUCAAACAUUUGUUUCCCAGAAAAUGUCACGUUUAGUCAUGGAGCUUCUGAAAAGGACAUUGUGCAUUCUGGAUUGGCUUACACGAUGGAGCGAUCUGCCAGACAAAUCAUGCGCACAGCCAACAGGUAUAACCUUGGGCUAGACCUGAGGACAGCAGCCUACGUCAACGCCAUUGAGAAAGUCUUCAAAGUGUACCAUGAGGCUGGCCUUACCUUCACAUAG